CCCUUUCCCUCCCUCCGUCCCCCUCCGCGCCGCUCGGCUCCCGGCCGGCCCCGGCAGCCCCGCAGGCGGCCUCAGGCCCCGCGGCCCCUCGGCCAUGCAGCCGGAGGCGGCGGCGCUGCUGACGGCGGCGCACACGGAGCUGGCGGCGCAGCAGCUGGCGGCGGCCGAGGAGCUGUACGGCCGCUACAUCGCCUGCUGCGCCCGGGCUGCUCCCCAGGGUGCCAGCCGAGACCUCGCCACCGCCUUCAACAACCGCGGGCACAUCAAGUACCUGCGGGUGGAGUUCGCCGCCGCCAUGGAGGACUACGCGGCCGCCAUCGAGAGCCAGCCCGGCUUCGAGGUGCCCUACUACAACAGGGGCCUGGUGCUCUACCGCCUGGGAUGCUUUGAUGAGGCCAUAAAAGAUUUCAGGAAAGUUUUAGAGUUAAACCCUCAGUUUGAAGAUGCUGCAUUAAGUCUAAAACAGGCUCUUCUUGACAAAGAAGAAAAACAAAAGCGAGGUUAUUGAAAAUGCAUCUAAUGGUGUGAAAAUGUCUUACUGAACACUGAUGUGAUUUUUGUCAUUGAUGGAUGAAACACGAACACUUACAUCUGUUAUACCCUACUGAAGAAACCUCAUUCUUGGGUAAAUAAGUUAAAAAUGUAUUAUAAUUGCAAAAAUAGAUAUAUAUUUUUAUAUUGUUAGUGUUCGAGAAAGGCCUGAUUUUAGAUCCAUGUGAGAUACUUGUCAAUUUGUACAGAACCAUUUCAUAAAAAGCUGUUGGGAGGUCAGUAACAGCUAAUGAAAUCCGUAGUUUUCUUAUUAAAGCUGUGUUUCUGUACUCUUUCACAGAUUGAUUUAAACGUCCUUCAUGGAGAAAAAUCAAGCUAAAACAUUUAAGUACUUAAGACUGGCAUUUGUGAAAGACACUGUCAUUUAAUAAUGAUGAUCUUAGUGUUGGUCCAGAUUUAAAUGUAAGUUUGAUUUAAGCUAAAAGUGUGCAAUUGUUAAUUACAAGGUGUUAUUCUUGAAAUGCAAUGGUAUAUUAUUUUCUUUUCACUUCAAAGUGUUCCUGCAU